CACACUCAUUUCCUGUGUAAGGUUGGAGGAGACGAGAGACGACCGUUUUGGUUUUCAGACUGUCCAGUAAAACGUUCAUAUUUAGAUCUAUAUAUCGAAAUGGAACACAUGUUCAUUUAAUUGACUAAUGAAAGUUAUCUUCUACUGUGGACACAAUACUUUUGGACAAAUAAACAAAGAUGAGGACAAAAUUGCAAUACCAUCACCGAAGAAAAUCAGUGUUGCCCUUCUAGCAGACGACAGUACAAACGGCAAAAUAUUUAUAGGAUGGGAUAAACUUUUCAUUAUAAAAGAUUCCAGGUGCAUCAGUAUAAGAGGUUUUCACCAAAAUGUCCAGGAAAUCCUGUGUCAAGAGAAAGUAAAAUACUUAGAAGCAUCUGUAAGACAAACUUUUGUUCUGACAGAAAAUAGCAAAUGUUACCAGUUAAGAAAGCAGGGAUUAGAAGAGUUGCCUCAAUGUUCAGCGAAAGAGAUUGCUUGUGGUGAAAAAUACACCAUUUCAUUGACAGAAGCCGGGGAAGUUUGUGUAAUCCAAGAUCUGAAGUGCAAUCCUUUGUUUGUACCAUUGCGUUUGUCAACACAUAAAAUUUUGGCUGUCAGCUGUGGAAAGGAACAUGUGAUUCUUCUAACGAACAGUGGGGAAGUUCUAACAUUUGGAGGAGGAAGCCGUGGCCAACUAGGACAUGGUGGCAACGAGAUGGUAAAACAACCAACCUUUGUGGAGGCUCUUGGUGGUGUAAAUAUUCUUAGUGUUUCUGCAGGUGGCUGGCAUUCUGCUGUUGUUAGUGUCAUUGGAGAUGUCUACAUCUGGGGCUGGAAUGAGGCAGGCCAGUUGGGAUUACCAUGUAAAAAUAUAGCAAAUCUGAACAAAGGAGCAGAAGAAAAUGUACUAUGAAGUCACAUACCGAAGAUAGGAAAAGUUACUGUGAGGGUUCCGAGACUCAGAUGCUAGAAAUUAAUGUACAGUCAUUGCCUUUUUUGAUGGAUUUUCCCAAGGAACCUAUUAUAGUGAAAGUGAGCUGUGGGUCUAGACAUACAGCAGUAUUAACAGAUGCUGGAAGACUCCUGACAUGGGGUUGGAAUGAAUAUGGACAGCUUUGUCAUGGGGACACAAUAUCAAGGGACCAACCGUGCCUCGUGCAGUUUUUCUCAGACAAACAGUUAAAGGUGCUGGACGUGGAGUGUAAAUUUUGGUCAACUGUUAUAACUGCAUGUGAUGCUGCUUCCGAUUAAAUACUUCAUGUAUUAAUAUAAGUGUUUUCAGUGAGUGUUUAAAAAUGUCUCUGUGUUUUCUUUAGAAUUGAUAAUAUUGGACAAAGUUUGCAUAUUUUUUAGAUCAAGAAUGUGUUUGUUUAUGAGAAGAUGGAAAUAAAGACGAUGUCAUUCUACCGAUGUACGGUACCAUCG